UCGCUGCGCCUCCGCCAUGGCCAGCCCUGCGAUGAGAGGCCGGUGGCGGCGUCGGCUGCACGCCGGGGCUGCUCCGAGGCGCCUGCUCUGAAAAAGACCUGCCCCGAAAUGUUCCCUCUGGCCCCCCCGGGAUGAAGCUGAAGAAGCAGGUGACGGUGUGUGGGGCAGCCAUCUUCUGCGUGGCUGUCUUCUCCCUCUAUCUGAUGCUGGACAGGGUCCAGCAUGAUCCUGCUCGGCACCAGAAUGGGGGCAAUUUCCCCAGGAGCCAGAUUUCAGUGUUGCAGAACCGGAUUGAACAGCUGGAGCAGCUCCUGGAGGAGAACCACGAAAUCAUCAGCCACAUCAAGGACUCCGUGCUGGAGCUGACGGCCAACGCGGAGGGCCAGCCGGUGGUGCUGCCUUUCCACAUGCCCAAUGGCUCCUGGGUCCUGCCUCCUGAGAGCCGGCCCAGCUUCUACUCCAUCUCCUCUCAGGAUUGUCAGUUUGCACUGAAGAGCAACAGCCAGAAGGAAGACCUGCAGAUGUUGGCUGUGUCUGCGUUGCUCCCCUAUGACAACCAGGAUGGCGGGGUGUGGAAGCAAGGCUUUGAUAUCACUUAUGAGCCACACGAAUGGGAUGCCGAACCACUGCAAGUGUUUGUGGUGCCACAUUCCCACAACGACCCAGGCUGGAUCAAGACAUUUGACAAGUAUUACUUCGACCAGACGCAGCACAUCCUCAACAGCAUGGUGGUGAAGCUGCAGGAGGAUCCUCGACGACGCUUCAUCUGGUCCGAAAUCUCCUUCUUCUCUAAAUGGUGGGACAACAUCAGCGCCCAGAAACGGGCUGCUGUCCGCAGGCUUGUGGGCAAUGGGCAGCUAGAAAUGGCAACUGGCGGGUGGGUGAUGCCAGAUGAAGCCAAUUCCCACUACUUUGCCAUGAUCGACCAGCUCAUUGAGGGUCACCAGUGGCUGGAGAAGAACAUUGGGGUGACGCCGCGCUCUGGCUGGGCAGUGGACCCCUUUGGCCACAGCUCCACCAUGCCUUACCUGCUGCGUCGUGCCAAUCUGACCAGCAUGCUCAUCCAGCGGGUCCACUACGCCAUCAAGAAACAUUUUGCAGCAACCCAGAAUCUGGAGUUCAUGUGGCGGCAGAGUUGGGAUCCUGACUCCAGCACCGAUAUCCUGUGCCACAUGAUGCCCUUCUACAGUUAUGACGUUCCCCACACCUGUGGUCCCGACCCCAAGAUCUGCUGCCAGUUCGACUUCAAACGUUUGCCAGGGGGGCGCAUCAACUGCCCCUGGAAAGUGCCCCCCAAGGCCAUCACCAGUGCCAAUGUGGCCGAGCGGGCACAGCUCCUGCUUGACCAGUACCGCAAGAAGUCCAAGCUGUACCGCAGCAAAGUGCUCCUGGUGCCGCUGGGGGACGACUUCCGCUACGACAAGCCCCAGGAGUGGGAUGCCCAGUUCCUCAACUAUCAGCGCCUCUUUGACUUCCUCAAUGCCCACCCAGAUCUCCAUGUGCAGGCACAGUUUGGGACCCUCUCGGAUUACUUUGACGCCUUGUACAAGCAAGUGGGCAUCGUCCCUGGAAUGCGCCCACCCGGCUUCCCUGUGGUCAGCGGGGACUUCUUCUCCUACGCGGACCGAGAGGACCACUACUGGACCGGCUACUACACCUCCCGGCCCUUCUACAAGAGCAUGGGCAGGGUGCUGGAGGCUCAUCUCCGUGGUGCCGAGAUCUUGUACAGCCUGGCUCUCAGCCAUGCCCGCCACGCCGGCAUGGACAGCAAGUACCCACUCUCGGACUACGCCAUGCUGACGGAUGCACGGCGCAACCUGGGCCUCUUCCAGCACCACGAUGCCAUCACUGGCACUGCCAAGGAGGCAGUGGUAGUGGACUAUGGGGUCAGGCUGCUCCACUCGCUAAUGAACCUCAAGCGGGUCAUCAUCAACGCUGCCCAUUAUCUGGUCUUGGCAGAUAAAGAGGCCUACCAUUACGACCUGGCGGUGCCCUUCCUUGGCGCAGAUGAGGCUCGCCUCAAUCAGGACUCCCUGCCGGAGAAAACCAUCAUCAAGCUGGAUGCAACACCCAGGUUCGUGGUGGUGUUUAACCCCCUGGAGCAGGAGCGGCUGAGCAUUGUGUCCCUGCUGGUGAACACACCUCGUAUCCGGGUCCUCAACGAAGAGGGGCAGCCCCUAGCUGUGCAGCUCAGUGCCCAGUGGACCUCUGCCACAGACAUGGCCCCCGAUGUCUACCAGGUGUCCAUCAACAUGCGCCUGCCGGCCCUGGGCCUCAGCAUCCUGCAGCUGAGCAAGUCCUUUGACAGCCACAACACGCUGAAGUCCUCGGUGCGCCUCUUCCUGCACGGGCGCGACCUCCCUGUGCACAAACACGAGGCCUUCCCGGUGCGGGUCAUCCCUACAGCCACGGAGGACUUCUGCCUGGAGAACCAGCACAUGCGAGCCUGCUUCUCUGGGGGCAGCGGUUCCCUCAAGAGUGUGCACCGGGCAGGCGACGCCCAGGAGCAGAAGCUGAGCAGACAGUUCCUCAUCUAUGGGACCCGGAGCACCAAAGACAAAAGCGGUGCCUACCUCUUCCUGCCUGACGGAGAAGCCAAGCCCUAUGUCCCCAAGGACCCCCCUGUGGUGCGGGUGACAGAGGGACCCUUUUUCUCGGAGGUGGCCGUUUACUACCAGCACAUCCAGGAGGUGGUCCGGCUGUACAACGUGGCAGGGGUUGACGGCCUGUCCCUAGAGAUCUCCUGCCUGGUGGACAUCCGAGACCACAUCAACAAGGAGCUGGCCCUGCGAUUUAGCACAGAUAUUGAGAGCAAAGGCACUUUCUUCACUGACCUGAACGGCUUUCAGAUCCAGCCCCGCCAGUACCUGAAGAAGCUGCCUCUCCAGGCCAACUUCUACCCCAUGCCGGUCAUGGCCUACAUCCAAGAUGCACGGAGCCGCCUGACGCUGCACACGGCCCAAGCCUUGGGCGUCUCCAGCCUCAGCAGUGGCCAGCUGGAGGUGAUUCUGGACCGGCGCCUCAUGCAGGAUGACAACCGUGGCCUGGGGCAAGGCCUGAAGGACAACAAGCGGACCUGCAACCGCUUCCGCCUCCUCCUGGAGCGACACAGCGCGGCAAGCAAGAGCUCCAGCUUCUUUUCCAAACUGGCCUCCAUGCUUAGAGACUUGGUCUUUCCCAUCCACAAGGCCAACAGCCAAGAGGCGGAAGCUGACCAGGCAACGAGUUUCCCAUCUCUGCUCAGCCACCUGACCUCCAUGCAGCUGAAUGCUGAGGUGCUGGUGAUGCCUGUUGCCCAGGAGAAGCCACCGCCCCCCACCCUGAGGCCCUUCCUGCCCCUCUCGGGCCCCCUGCCUUGUGACUUCCAUCUUCUCAACCUGCGCACCCUGCAAGGAGAGGACGAUUCACUGCCCUCCACUGAGACGGCUCUGAUCCUGCACCGAAAGGGCUUUGACUGUGGCCUGGAGGCCAGGAACUUGGGAUUCAACUGCACCACCACCCAUGGCACACUAUCCCUGGGCGGCCUCUUCCAGGGCCUUGAACUGGCCUCCCUGCAGCCCUCCUCCUUGACACUUAUGUACCCGCUGGCCACGACCUCCCCCAACAGUACCUCUGUCCAUCUGGACCCCAUGGAGAUUGCCACUUUCCGCCUCCGUCUCGGAUAAGACGCCUCGCUGGCCCAGACUGGAUUUCACUGGCCAGUCAGGCAUUGGACUGGACGUUAGCACUUCCCCCCACUGGUAUCCAGGGCAGACAGGAUGUGGCCCAGCACCAGGAGGCUGCCAGGAUUCAGAGACUCAUUAUUUAUUUGUCUGCUCCUAAAAGACAGUGUGGCACCAAAGGCCCGGCCAGACCAGGCUGGCCUGGCAUGGUGACGCCUCCUGUGCAAAGGCUCCACAACACCCCUUGCAGUUGAGUGCUAGAUGCUGGAGGUGACUGGCUGGGCUGUCAGGAUGGGAUGCUGUGGCAACAGGUGCAGCAGCAAAGAUCUUGGCUCAGUCCCGCCCUCUCAGCUUUCAGGAAAGGAGAUCUCUACGUUCGCACCCUGGAGGCUCCGUUUCACAGCUCCUUCAAGGAGGCAGACUCGAUGUAGCAAACACUGGAAGGACAUUACAACUUGUGAGCUUCCUGGAGUUCAGAACAAGUUUUUAGGAAACAAAAACAAAAUAAAAUGUUUUUUAAAGUG